GCAGGAGCAGUCCCCAACCCAACCUAGAGGCACUGGGAACUUGCAGGCAGCUAGGGACCGCUGAAUAUAGCACUUCGUUUUCUUUGUGUUCAAAACUAUUUUUUCUUUCUUCCUUAGAUUUUGUUUUCCUCCUCCCCCAGCCCCCGCGGCAGUUGUUUUCCAUUAGUAAUUCGAUCUCUCACUGUAGUAAGAUUCUCCUGCUUUCCCCUCCGUCCGCGUUUGUUUGUUUUCUGCACAUCUUCUGGGAAACGCCGGGCCUCCCCCACCCUCCCUUUUCCCAUCGCUUUUUUGCCCGGAUCUUUUCCCUCUCAAAUAGAUCUAUUUCCACUCUCUCGUUUUCUUCCUUUUCUCUCUUGCCCCUGUCCCCGCGAUCUACGCUCCUUCACCGCGCAGCCCUGCGCGGUCCCCUUUGCUUCCUCACGCGGAUGAACUGAGAGCCCCAGGCGUGUGUUUAUGGAAAUAGUGGGGUGCCGAUCCGAAAACAAUUCGUGUCCUUUCCGCCCCCCAGCCAUGCUCUUCCACGGGAUCUCCGGAGGCCAUAUCCAAGGCAUCAUGGAGGAGAUGGAGCGCAGAUCCAAGACCGAGGCCCGUUUGGCCAAAGGCACUCAGCUCAACGGCCGCGACGCGGGCAUGCCCCCGCUCAGCCCAGAGAAGCCCGCUCUGUGCGCGGGCUGCGGGGGCAAGAUCUCCGACAGGUACUAUCUACUGGCGGUAGACAAGCAGUGGCACCUGAGGUGCCUCAAGUGCUGUGAAUGUAAGCUGGCCCUGGAGUCUGAGCUCACCUGCUUUGCCAAGGACGGUAGCAUUUACUGCAAGGAGGAUUAUUACAGAAGGUUCUCUGUGCAGAGAUGUGCCCGCUGCCACCUUGGCAUUUCUGCCUCUGAGAUGGUCAUGCGCGCCCGAGACUCCGUCUAUCACCUGAGCUGCUUCACCUGCUCCACUUGCAACAAGACCUUGACCACGGGCGACCAUUUCGGCAUGAAAGACAGCCUGGUGUACUGCCGGGCACACUUCGAGACCCUCUUGCAAGGGGAGUAUCCACCUCAGCUAAGCUACACGGAGCUGGCAGCCAAGAGCGGAGGCUUGGCUUUGCCUUACUUCAAUGGCACAGGCACGGUGCAAAAGGGGCGGCCCCGGAAGCGGAAGAGCCCAGCUCUGGGAGUGGACAUCGUGAAUUACAACUCAGGUUGUAAUGAGAACGAGGCAGAUCACUUGGACCGGGACCAGCAGCCUUAUCCACCUUCACAGAAGACCAAACGCAUGCGAACUUCCUUCAAGCAUCACCAGCUCCGGACCAUGAAAUCCUACUUUGCCAUCAACCACAACCCGGAUGCCAAGGACCUCAAGCAGCUUGCUCAAAAAACAGGCCUGACCAAAAGAGUUUUGCAGGGAGAACAAAUCUUGGGGCAUUACAGCCAAACAUCCCGACGUUUGAAAAUUCCCUAAAGUAUUAAAAGAAGGGGAAAAGUUUGAUCGGAAAUCCACUGCAGUGAAGACAAAGACACUAUUAGGUUAUGAUAAUCAUACAUUUAAAAGUUUAUUGAACCAAAAGAAAGAGAGAGAGAGAGAGAGAGAGAGAGAAAGAGAGAGUGACAUAAGUGUCAUUUAUUGAAUGUUAACAAAAUUUCUGUUCUUUAUGAUGUCUGACACAAAUGAAGGCAUAACACCAUGUGGUUUAAUAAAAGGUCGAGAUAAACCAUGUAGAAAACCAGAGCAACCUGGCAAUAAUAUGCCCUCCCCACAUUUGGAGAAAACCAUUAUUGAAACAAUUGCACACAUUUGUCAAGCACAAUAACUGUAAAAUAAAGACCAAAAACAUCCAUUUCAUCUGCUUGCUAAUGUGUAUCAGUUCUAUUUCUUAAUGUCAUUUUCCAAUUGUAAAUUCAAAGAAUAGCUUUUGCUCGUUAACGAGAGCACAGGGACCAAACCCCGGUGAUUUUAGAAUGAUUGUCUAUACUUCCUUUUUAAACAGAAGGCUGUGCAUGCACUUCCGCAUCCGUCACCUCUAGUGUACAUCUCUGUAAUGAUGACUUUGCUGUUUCCUGUAUGAUAAAUAGCUUUCAUUAAUAAACAUUUUAUUUGACGCAAACAUAGUUAACUUUAUGUUAAGCACACAUUGUUGAAAUUAAUUUUGAACACUGUCUUAAAGAGUCAGGACAGUACACUUGCAGCCUGUUGUGGAAAGGAAGGUGGGGGCAGACUAGAGAAUUAGAUGAAAUUAUUUUGUUUGAUUUUAACAUUUAUGGCUUAUUUUCAUUUAUUGUAUUCAGUUGACACAUGAUGAAAAUAAAACAGUAAGUCCAAAUUACAGCAAAAUAAGCAUUAGAAUAAAUUAUUAUGUAAAAUUUCAACUUGUUUUAAGAUUUUAGGGUAACAUUUAUAGAUUCUCUGUGAGUUUACAUUUUCACUAUGCAAUGAGCAAAUUUAUUGAAGUAUAUGAGUAUAUUCUGAACUCUGACAUUUGGUUCUUUGAAUAGUUCAGGUUGCACAAGGUAUCAGAAACAAAGGAUCAGUGGGGAACAAAUAUUUAGGCAUGAGGUUUCUUUUCAUCGUUAAAGGGAAUACUUGAAGGAAAAAUGUUGUAAAGCUACUCUUACUUAGCUCAAUAUCCAAAGCACAUGUUAAACAAAUUAGCAUAUAGAAUACUUUCCAGAAAAAUUUCUUUAUGAAAUUUUUAUUAUGUAUAAAUAAGCCCUAUGUAAAGGAUGUAAGUUGUACGAAUGAUAGACAUUAAAAAAAGCUCACUUAUAUUUAUUCUCAGAAUUUUGAAUGUUUUCUCGAACACUUUCAUUUUUUGAAUGCUAAACAGGAAAAAAAAAGGUGAUUAAAGGACAGGUACCAACUAAACUAGCAAUCCACCCAGAAUGCACCAUGACAAGUGAACUGCUUUGAGUGAUCAUGGAACAUGUUGAUUUUGUCAGUCACUUGGAUGUUUUCGCCUCAUCAAAAUCUCAUCCAUAGCACUGGCAACCUGAAUGGAUUUUCCAACACAUUCUCUGCCCGUGUAUUGAAAUGUUGGUCCUGUAGGCUUUGCCUUCUUUUCCUGUUCUGUCACCUAGGGCAGUUUCAUUUUGAAAUAUUUUGGAAGUUUGCCUGGUUUUUGCAGACUUUUAACUAUUUGUCUGGUAUGUGAAAUUCGGGAAGAGACCAAAGAGAGAAAGAACGUAGCUGAAAUUAGACAUCUGAAAAAAAUAAUACAAAUUUGAAGCAGGCACAUUUUUUUUAAGAAGAAGGAAAGAACACUAAUUACGUGAGUGGGAAGUGGAAAAGUCACGUGACACAGGCUUGGAAGGUCUAGCACACUUUCCUACGAUGCACGGCAGUCUUCAGUCUGGGCAACUGCACAUUUAGUGUUUGGCAUAGAUUAGAAGACUGAGGACAUUUUAGAUGGGUGCAGGGAACCAAAUUUUAUAGCUUCUACCUCCCCAAAUGCCUAGAUGAAUCUAACUUCUGGCAAAUUGAUCCUAGGAACAAAAACUCUUACUGACAAUAUCUGUGAACUUUGGUUGAAUGCCGUUGUAAUACUGACUUAACACAGUAGGUAGCCUUUUGAUACUUCAAACAGAGUAAAACUUCAUAACACAGAAACCAAAGCACACAGCUCUUAAAGUCUUGGUGAUUUUCAUUACCUAAAAAUGCCAAUAGCUUUACUCAGCAGAAUCCCAGUGGAAUUUACUGUACAGUUUUCAGAGUGAAAGCUCUUUUAUUAGCCACACAUAAGAUGGCAUCAUUUUCUAUUGCACUGUGCCAGCAGAAAACACUAUGGCGUGAGGCAUCAGAAUGGGAAGUUCUGGGACAAAAAUGUGGCAUUCUAUCAUUUUAGGAUUUUAAGGAAAUUCAAAAGAUAAUGCUAUUACAAAAAUAUAAAGUUUCAAAUAAAGUUUUGUUAAUUUCUGUUUAAACUGUGUUACUGGCACAGAAGUCUCACUUGUAGGAAGAUUAUGAACUGUCAAGAAGAUACAACACUUUUUAUACUUUAUGGUCACUAGCCAUCAGGGGACAAUAAGAACACUGGGGUUUAGUCUAGACUAAAUAAACAAUGUUGCAUUUUCUUUGGAGCUGCAUAUAGAGAAGGCCUGUGUUGGCCUGUGGAUGAAUCUAUUUUCUAUUUCUAGUAAUGAGAAAUUAGCUUUGAAGACUGAAAUGAGAUACAGUGGCCAAACAAUAAACCUGUAAUGUACAAUUCUUUGCUUAACAAUGUCAACAAUUCUAAACAGUCUCUAGAUUUUCCUAUUGAUUUGUGUCUUUUUGGGUCAUACCUAUUUUGUCUUUGUAAUAUUUUUCAAGUUAGUAUGAUUUCCCUUAUUUUCAAAAUAAAAUCCCAAGGUAAAUAUUCUUUUUAAUGCUUCCUGGGACCAUUCCCAUUUUGUUUUUCUGGAAUUUGUAGCAAAAAGAAACAGUUCAGUGCUGUGCAUGAUGCUUAAGGUGGUCUCUGAAAAGGAUGUAAGCAGCAGUAUGAUUGCCAGGAUUCAUUUCCUUAUUAACUGGGUUGCAAAAUAAAUGUUUCAAAUCAGACAGCAUCCUCUGCUUAACACAUUUUUCUGUGAAUAGUAACAAAAAAAGCAAAAAAACAAAAAAAAAGACCACCCCAAACAUGUAUCCCACUGGCAAGUUUCUCUUCUCUUGGAUUGUUGGUUUUUGCUUCUCUGCUUCUCUGCAUUACAUUUUAUCUUGUGUGCUGAAGUGGCAAGAAACAGGCAAGGAUAAAGAUCCAGGCAUCAGCCAUGGGUAGAAAGUUCUGUGUCUGUUCCUGUGUCCCUUCAGGUCACUUAGAAUUGUCAGGAAUGUUUCUUUCCUUUGGAUUUUUUUCUGUUUACACUGUGCAUGAUCUCAUGAAUUACUCUGAAGAGUACCUGGAUACCUUUUAUGGUUAUUUGAAAAUAAAAUUUGUUACAAAUAAGC